CACAUCUUUCAGCUCGACCUUGGGUAGGAUUUUUGCAUCUCUGCAGCUCGUGCUUGAGCGGGAUGCGUGCAGCUCGUGCUCCACAUCUUUUAGCUCGACCUCGGGUAGGAUGCUUGCAACUCGGCAUCUCGUACUCGACAGAUCGAGCUCGAGUUCAUCAUGCUUUUGAGCUCGGCAGCUCGUGUUGGACUCGUCAGCUCGUGCUUGAAUUCUGCAUCGUGCUUUUGAGCUCGGCAGCUCGUGAGCUCGUGCUUGAGCAAGAUGCAACUCCUGCUCCACAUCUUGCAGCUCGUGCUUCAGCACUUCACAACUCAUGCUCCAACAGUUCACAGUUCGUGCUCUUGCAGACUUCGCAACUCGCGCUGCAGCAAGGAUUUUGCAACUCGUGCACCAGCAGGAAGUUCGUGGCUCAUGCUCCAGCUGGGACUGUCAUACUGGCAAGCUGCCGAGUCAGGGACUCAUCUCUUGGAUUAUGCAAGAACAAAUUCAAGAAGGAGGAAGAUCCCAACUUGCUUUUCAAGCUGAGCUACUCUGCCUUGCCGAGCUGGACUGCUGCGCUGCCACCGAGUUGGACAGCCUUGCCGAGCUGGACUGCUUUGGUGCUGUCGAGCUGGGCUGCUGUGAUGGUACCGAGCUGGACUUCCUUGCCGAGCUGGGCUGCUGUGAUGCUGCCGAGCUGGACUUCCUUGCCGAGCUGGGCUGCUGUGAUGCCGCCGAGCUGGACUUCCUUAUCGUGCAGGGCUGCUGUGAUGCUGCCGAGCUGGACCAUUGACGAGCUGGACUGCUUUGCUGCUGCCAAGAGCUUUCAUGGUCAUGUGCUCACACUCUUGCAUCAUGGCUUCCUCUCACUGUCUCAAGCCGAUUCUUUUAUGCUUGCAGCUCGUGUUCAUGCCACCGAGCUGGGAGACUGCUUUAUUGCCGCAAAGCUGAGCUACUCUGCCUUGUCGAGCUGGGCUGCUGUGCUGCCACCGAGUUGGACAGCCUUGCCGAGCUGGAUUGCUUUGGUGCUGUCGAGCUGGGCUGUCAUGCUGCUACCGAGCUGGAGCACUGCUUUGAGCUUUGCCACCACCGAGCUAGACUACUUUGGUGCUGUCGAGCUGGGUGACAGCUUUGUCACUGUCGAGAUCGGCGACAACUUGUCGAGCUGGGAAGCUGCUUCGUCGCUGCCAAGCUAGGGGACUACUUUGUCACUGCCGAGCUGUGUGACUUCUUUACCGAGCUGGGGGGCUGCUUCGUCGCUGCCGAGCUGGGGAGGCUGCUUCGUCGCUGCAGAGCUGAGGGAUUGCUUUGUCAUUGACAAGCUGGACUGCCUUGUCCUUGCCGAGUUAGGCGAUGACUUUGCCAAGCU